GUCCCUUGAUUUGGCCCCGAUUCCCUUCGUAGCUCUCUCCAGUUCCAACCCUCGAAGCGGCCAUGGAUCCUCAGCAAGAGCAGCAUCCCGAUCUCGACGCCGCCGAAGCCCCCGCCGAAGACUCCAUCAUGGACGCCGACAGCGAUGCUCUUCACCAUGAGAACCAGCCCAACGCUUCCACCGCUGAGGGUAUCGAGGAUUUGAAGAGGAGAUUAAAAGCCAUCGAGGAGGAAACCGGUGCUCUCCAGGAGAUGCAUGACAAGGUUGCGAAGGAGAUGGGCGCUCCCGCCCUCGAUGCUUCUCUUGCUUCUGCAACCCAAGCUGAAAAGGAAGAGGUGGACUCUCGUUCAAUCUAUGUUGGUAAUGUGGAUUAUGCUUGCACCCCUGAGGAAGUCCAGCAGCAUUUUCAGUCUUGCGGGACAGUGAACAGAGUGACAAUCUUGACAGACAAGUUUGGUCAGCCUAAAGGUUUUGCAUAUGUCGAGUUUGUUGAAGUUGAAGCUGUUCAGAAUGCCAUCCUGCUCAAUGAAUCAGAGCUGCAUGGCCGUCAAUUGAAGGUAUCAGCUAAAAGAACCAACAUCCCCGGAAUGAAACAGUAUCGAGGGCGGGGUUUUCGGUCUCGAAGACCCUAUAUGCCAGCUCCCUUUUAUUCUCCAUAUGGAUAUGGGAAGGUUCCAAGGUUCAGGAGGGCUGCAAGAUACAGGCCAUAUUACUGAAAAAGAAAGAUCUGUGUUUCUCUUUAUCAACUUAGCCAAUCAUACCUAGCAGACUUAGAAGGAGUUCUCUUUCAUGUAGCUUGAAGAUCAAAGAAGUCAGUUCAAUUGUGCUGAUAGGUUGAUGUUUUUAGAAA